UAGCGAUCUCGGAAUUUCCACCAUGGAUUUCCGUCGUUUGUUCUUGCUGUGCGUGGUAGCCAGCCUCGGGCUCUCGUCGUAUGCUGAAGCACAAGAUACAAAAUCAAGCGGUUCCAACGAUAAUACGGGAUCGAGUGGAAAUACUGGCACAGUGGAAAAUAAAGAUGAAGCCCAAAAGACAAAAUCAAGCGGUUCCAACGAUAAUACGGGAUCUAGUGGAAAUUCUGGCACAGUGGAAAAUGAAGCUGAAGCCCAAAAGACAAAAUCAAGCGGUUCCAACGAUAAUACGGGAUCUAGUGGAAAUACUGGCACGUCAGGCUUAGACUUAUUUGAUUCAGAAACUGGUUCUAACAGUGGAGAAGAAAUCGAUUCUGUAGGAAGUAAAAGCCAAAGCAAUGAAAAGAACAAGAACACUGGAAAAGGAGGAAAGAAAACAACUAAAAUACCAACAGCCGAAAUAAAACCAUUGAAAAAUGUUUCCAAAGUUAAGAUCGUAAAAAAAACACGGGAAAUUCAAUUGAAUACGAGAACGAAAGAGCGAACCACGAAAACCUGUCCUAAUAUAUGCGGACCGAACGCUCAAUGUGACAAACGUACCGGUACCUGCACAUGCCUCAAUGGUUUUACCGGAGAUGGAACGACCUGUACCCAGGCGUGCAUGUGUAGUGCCGUCGGAGACCCGCAUUAUACCCAGUAUGAUGCCGCAGGCUGCAAGAACUGCAAGCUGCACUUCCAGGGUCCCUGCAUGUACGUCCUGACUGAACGAGACGUCGCCGAGAAACCGGAGUGUAAUUUCAAGGUUGAGGUACAAAAUGAAUACCGAGAUGGCGACACGUCCGUUUCGGUUCUACAGUACGCUGUUGUAACUUUGCCCGAAGAACAAUCGGUCGUACUGGGACCUAGACAGCUUCUCACGGUCAAUGGUAUGACGGUUCAACCUCCUCACCCUGGUAUAGGCUUCACUGUCACCUAUACCGAUAAAAUUUACAAGCUAACCACUGACUGUUCGGUCAUUGUUGAGUUUGAUGGAAAUAACAAACUCUACGUACGUGUGCCACAUGCUCUGGGACAAAACCUAAACGGCUUGUGCGGCAACUGCAAUGGAAAUAGCACGGAUGACUGCAUGGAUCCCAGUGGAAACAAUUUCAACACCAACGGCAAAUGCGACGUGGAGCACCUCGGUCACAGCUGGCUUGUACAACAAAAAGACCAAUUACCAAUAUGUUUUGCUCCCGAUUUGCAAGCAGCCAUAGAAAGUACAUGUGAUACAGACUCUAGAACAAUUGCGGAAGCAAGCUGUGGUUUUCUCAAUUUUGCAACUGCUAAAGGAUCGUUCUCCACCGAAGCGUUUGAUGCUCUGUCAAACGAGCACAAGGACUUUGUACGAGAAAAGGCUGCGGAACUCCUAGAUGAUUGUGUCUUUGACGCUUGUGAAGAUGUGGUGAACGAUCGGGACCCUUCGCGUAGUGCCUGCGGCUAUUUUGAGGCCUUCGACGAGGUUCUUUUUGCCAUGGGCAUCACACUUCCAGAGUGGAGAACUGCCACGCAGUGCGUCCCAGUGUGUGGUGCAAACGAGGAAUACUACGCCGUGUUGCCCAUUGAAGUGAAUUGCGUAGAAAACCACCUCGCCAGUGCAACCACAGCUCGAAGUGGAUGCGCCUGUAGCAUGGGAUUCGUACGGUCCGGUACCAAAUGCAUUCCGGAAAAUGAGUGCGGCUGUCUUUUCGUUGAUACUUACAUAAAUAAAGGAGAUCGCGUUUACGCGCCAAAUUGCAUAGAUGUCUUUGAAUGCCUUGGAGACAAUAAUCUGAUAAAAGUGGAAUCUCGUCCCGCGUGCCACCAGAACGCCACGUGCCAGGUUAACCGCGAGCUUGGUAUCUAUGACUGUGUGUGCAACGCACAACUCGUCGGCGACGGCAGAGAUCAGUGUAUCGGCGGUUGUGGACCAAACAACGACCUUUGCCACCCCCAAGCGGAGUGCGUUACAACAGGCAGAGGUAACAAGCGACGGCAAGCAUGUCGAUGUAAAGAGGGAUUGGAAGGAGAUGGCAUUGAGACAUGUGAAAGAACAUGCUUGUGCAGCCUCUGGGGUGACCCGCACUUCACAAACUUCAACCAGCUCAAGUACAACUUCCAGGGCCCUUGCACCUAUAAGCUGUUUGAACUGGACAACGGCAAACCAUGCCACAUGACGGUGUUCAUCAAGAACAAAAUUACUUCAAAAGGCACCGCUUCAGUGGCAAAAGAAAUGUACAUCUAUCUGUUCGGCUCGGAAAUCGUGAUCCGAUCAGAUGAGAAUAAGAAAGUCAGGAUAAAUGAUGAAGACAUCUCCUUGGCGGAAGAAAUAGAUAUGCAUGGUUUUACAGUCAUGGACGACGGCAAAUACGUCGUCGUGAAGAACAACUUCUGUGGUCUCUCUGCGGGUUACGAUGGCGCUGGAAAAGGGUUUGUCUCUUUGCCCGCAGUAUUCGGAUUAGACCCAACAGGACUUUGCGGUCAAUGCGAUGGAAAAAAGAACAGAAUGCUAGACGCGGAUGGCAUUGACCGGUAUAAUCAGAACAACUGGCAGACAGUUGUCGGCAACAGCUUUUUGGUUGACAACCCUUUCUACCCAAAUGAGACAGGCUGUACAGUUCCACCGGAUCCUGACGCGGAACAGUGCGCGAGAGCAGUUACCGAGAAGGCUUCUACGGAGUGCGAGGUCAUCAGAAAACCGGAUGGUCCGCUUGGCGAGUGUGUUAAGAAGCUCGCAAAUGAGACGACGCAAGCACUCUUUGAUGGAUGCGUCUUCGACUACUGUCAGGAGAACGUUAGAGAACGCGAGGCCGAUGACAUCGUGUGCGCCUCGGCCGCCUUACUCGCCGAGCUUUGCAAUCAGAACGGUGAAAUGCCCGAGUGGCGCACGGAGACAUUCUGCCCUGCCGGCGUACUGUGUCCCGCCGAAAAGAACUUGCGAUAUACCACAAACUUGGAUCAAGAACGACCAACCUGCGCGGAUCCUCGCGGAAAGGGGAAGCGCAGGCACCGACCAGAAGAGGGCUGCGAGUGCUCGAAACCGGAACUGAUGUUCACGGGACAUGAGUGUGUCCCACAAGAGGAAUGCGGCUGUACCACCAAGGUUGUCGGUCCAGAUGGGAAAAAAAUAACUACGUACAUGAAGAUUGGCAAGACCAUCGUAUUGAAGGGAUGUAAGUUCCAAGUGAAGUGUGUGAAGGGUAAACGCGGGAGGGCGCAAGCCAAGCAGUCCCGAGUGGAUCAAUCCAACAAAUGUUCACGAGACGAACAGUGCGCACUCGACCAGGGAGCUUACAAAUGCAUUCCUAAAACUCAGUCCGUGAAGAAGAGAACGCCUGUGGGCGACAAGAAAAAGAAAGAGAAGAAGCAGAAGAAAGAUAAGAAGGACAAAGAUGGUAAAAAACCACCACCAAACAAACCGCAACCACUCAACCAACAACAACAACAACCCCCAAAACCCCAACAACAACAACAGCAACAACCAUUACAACAACCACAGCAGCCACAAGCAGUACAACCACCAAACCGUCUCCCGUCAGCGCCAAAUACGCAGAAACCCGUUGUUGUCCAGCCGCCGUCAGCUCCUAGACCUUUACCGUCCGGACCUUUACCGGAAAUUCUAGAACCCCUACAACAACAACCACAAAUUCUACCAGUCAGAGCCAAAUACGCAGAAACCCGUUGUUGUCCAGCCGCCGUCAGCUCCUGGACCUUUACCGUCCGGACCUUUACCGGAAAUUCUAGAACCCCUACAACAACAACCACAAAUUCUACCGUCAGAGCCAUUAACGAAUGCGCCCGUUUUGGUCAAUCCGCCACCAACACCUGUGCCUGUACCAUCCGAACCCCUGCCCAAUGAUGCCGCACAACCGGUACCCUGCGCUGAAGAGGCCAAAACCCCGGCUCCAACACUUCCACCUAAACCCGACCAACUGCUGCAAGCAGAAUGCCUACAAGAAGGGGAUGACACCGGACUGCAGUACUUUGGCACCAUGUCAAACACUGCAGAGGGAUUCACAUGCCAGCACUGGCGGGACCAGAUGCCUCACGCCCAUAACUACUUGCAU